CCGUUAGGCCCCUCCCCGGAUCAGUUGUUGAGUACACACCAGUAGGCCCGGGACGUCGAUGGGGCCCAGGUAGCAGCCAAACAUGGCUUCAGCGCGGGGGAAGCCUGUCUCGCCGGGAAAUCCUAACUUUACGGUCGACCGUCUGGUGCGCGUAGGAUAUUACGAACUGGAGAAGACGAUCGGCAAAGGGAAUUUCGCUGUCGUGAAGCUCGCCACCCAUGUCGUGACCAAGACACAGGUUGCUAUUAAAAUCAUAGACAAAACAAGAUUAGAUGAAGAGAAUCUUAAAAAAAUAUUUAGGGAAAUUCAAAUUAUGACAAAAUUACGACAUCCAAACAUCAUAAGACUGUAUCAGGUAAUGGAGACUGAAAAAAUUAUAUAUCUUGUUACGGAAUAUGCUAGUGGUGGAGAAAUAUUUGAUUAUUUAGUGGGACAAGGAAAAAUGGAUGAGUCUGAGGCUCGUAGAGUAUUUCACCAAAUUGUUGAAGCUGUUCAUUACUGUCACUCACACAAUGUUGUACAUAGAGAUUUAAAAGCAGAAAACCUUCUUUUAGACUCAAAAAUGGAUAUUAAGUUAGCAGACUUUGGAUUUAGUAAUCAUUUUAAGCAAGGUCAAAUGAUGUCAACAUGGUGUGGGAGCCCUCCUUACGCAGCGCCAGAGCUGUUUGAGGGCCGGGAGUAUAACGGGCCUAAGGCUGAUGUUUGGAGUCUUGGUGUAGUGCUGUAUGUCUUAGUGUGUGGAACACUCCCAUUUGACGGUGCAACCCUCCAAGCUCUUCGAGAAAAUGUUAUUUCAGGAAUGUUUAGGAUACCUUUCUUUAUGAGCAUGGAUUGUGAAAAUCUUAUAAAACAUAUGCUGGUUGUUGAGCCAGAAAAAAGAUACAGCAUAAAACAAAUAUUUAGACAUAAAUGGAUGACUGAGGGUCAACCAACUAGUGGACCUCCAUGUUAUCCUGUAGCAGAAUUAGAACCCGAACCUGAACCACUUAAUAAGCUUGUGAUGGAACACAUGCUGCAACUACCAGGAUUGACCAGUGAAAUGAUUAUUCAGUCUUUGCAAGAGAAGAAUUUUGAUCAUAUUAGUGCUAUUUACCACUUACUUGUGGACAAAUUAGAGCAGAGGUCUCAAGGUGGCCCAGCUCGUCCCAUAGGGUUAAUGCAGCGCAAAGCUAGUAUUACUACAGGUGUUGUGGAUCGUAGUCCUUUAAAUGAGUUUGAACCCUUUGCCCCCACAAAUUCUCCCCUUAUGUCAAUGCCUGUUAUUCCUGAUGAAUGCACAUUUUCAAAUUCUCAGUUAUUGGAAACGUUCGGGGACACAGAUAGUUUACCUGAAGCAGACCAAGACCAUGAUCAUCUCUUACCAUUUGCUCAGCAUUCUCUUCGGAGAGGAAGUGGUGGUAGUUCGAGUAGUGGUGACAAGUAUCACGCCACCCGCAGGCACACUGUUGGACCUGGUGAUACUGCUCAUGAGCAAGUACUAGACGCCCACCACAUUCUACCUUCUUACCGCACAGAUGGAUUGCAGGCAGGAACACCUUUUGGCAUUUUACCAAAUACUAACUUACCUCUAAAUUUACCACUUGUCAAAAACCAGCCACCGCAAAAUUUCACUUUUAAAGAUCAGCAUCUUUUGAAACCACCACCCGUAAUGGGAGCAAUGGGAGGGUUUGGUAGAAGAGCCUCAGAUGGUGGUGCAAAUCUGCAGAUGUAUUUUGAAGGCUGGAGUCAACCUGGCAGUCAAGAUCAAAUUCAACUAGUUCAGUCAGAUUGUAGUCCUCCUCAUUCUCAAGGCUCACAAACACUGACCUCUUCAAUCCCAACAAUGAGCGCAUCCAGUGAAGUGGCAAUGGCUGGAGUCUCUGGAGUUCUUUCAGGAAUUGUACAUUUGUCAGAUGCCACAUCUAUGGAAGAACUUCCUCAUGACAACUGUGCUGUGUUAAAAUACAUGCAGACCCGAGGAUCAUCUAAGCGCCAUACUAUGGCCAGUCCAGAGGAAGCUCAAGAAGCUCAACGGAAAAUGAUGUUACAGCAGCAGCAACUUCAGCAGCAGCUUCUGCAGCACCAACAACAAUCUCAACCCCAGCAAAACUCUCAGGUUCCAUCAAGGACUAGACGAACGGGUCUUCAUGCAGUGACAAUGGAACGCCCAGUUAUUAGUCCGGAGCUGAUAAUGGAGGUGGAGGCGCGUAUGAACCGUGCUCAUGUACCGCCAACACUAGUCAAAUCGGUGCCCAAUCGAGCCAAAGCAUUUCAUCACACUCGAGCUAAAAAGGCUCCCUCAGGCUUAGCCACAGUUCAAGAAGGAAGCAGAAUAGGAGGGAGAGACACUUUAAAGGAAGUGACAUCGUUGCAUCCUCCUCAAGAAAGAUAUAGUCCUGUCCGUAGAGCGAGCGAGGGCUCAGCAGGAACACUUAGUAGCUUAUCAUAUCACCGUACAAAUUCACCAGGAGAUAAUGGGGAAGCAAAUUUGAGGUCACUUCAACAAGAAUGCCAACAGUUGCAGCAAAAACACAGCAUUGAAUCUGGGGACGCCCAUUCCCAAGCAGAACUUCAGAAACUCCACUCUUAUCACAUGCAGCAGAGAUUGGCCUCUCCUUUGAGUAGCCCAUCUCCAAGCCCGCCAGUGCUUCCUCUAAGUCCUGCUGGUUCACCCAGUCAUUAUAGAGUAUCUCGUUCAGACACCAACAAUUCAACUUUAACCCAGCAUCUUCAAAGGUUACACCUACAACAACAGCAAAACCAGACAUCUCCUCUUCAUUCCCACUCAGCACAGUCUUCACAACAGGAUUCUCCUCCAUCAUCCCUUCAACAGUCACCAUGUGGUCCCAUUGUAUCCCCAGCCUCAUCUACAGCUAGUCUUACGUCAAUCACCCAUGGUAUAAGUGGUCUCACAACAGCCUCUGGCUCUAUCACUCAAGGCACAUCAUCACCCACUUCUGUCCAUUUAGAUUUACGAGUAUCCCCCAACUUAUCACCUCUUCAUCAUGCUUCGUCAGCUUCACCAAGCUUAAGUAUAAUACGUGAAGAAAAUACUGCUCCUGUUCAACACGGUGAAAGUGAUUGUGAUGGGUUGGGUUUAACUGACGCUUGCACUCGAGCAUGGGGUCGCCGACACAACUCUAACUAUUUUCACCCUCAAAUAUCUGUGACUGAUGAAAUGGGAGGACAAGUUACACUUAUAAAUUCAUUAUCUUCCUGUGAAUCAGUGCCCUCCUUAAAUUGUACUGACACUGAUAAAGACUCACACGAGGUGGAAAUGGAUGAGUUAAGUGGUCAAGACGAAUGUGUGUAUGAAACUUCAGCCCCCUUUCAAAAUUGUAACCAGUUUGAAAUGAUGUCAGAUUCUGAGGAUGGAAAGAUGUAUCCAUUUUUCCCUCCCACAAUGCCAACGUUUGUUGUAACACCUUACGAUUCAUCAAGACCUUCCAUUGUUCGUGGCAUUGGCAAAGGACAGUGCUCUAAUGAAAGCAAUGAAGAACCAAGGGUCAUUAAAGAAAACAUGUGUGCGGAUGUGGGUGACCCUGAAAACAAUCAAAAAUGUAAUUUCAACCCAAGUCAACAAAAUUCAACUGAAGAGAGACGGGAAUCUUAUUCCAAGAGUGCUGCUUUAAGGCAAACCUUUCCCCCAUUCAGUAGUUCAAUUGGUAGUAAUGACAACUCAUAUUUAUUUAAUUUUAAUGAUGUGAUUAAUAGCAGUGUGGAGAAUGGUAGAAUUUCUUCCCACCACUCACCAUAUAGAAAUGUUUUUGCAUCUGAUUUGAUGCAAAUUACUGGUAGUGGGUCAUUUCAGGUGACUCUCUCCGACUCUUGUGCUCAGUUGGCCACUUCUGAUGUCUUGGGUAUAGUGAAAGAUUUAAUAGACAGAAGAAAACCCCCUCAGGGCUUUGUAGUAGGAGGGUGCGGCGAUAAUGGCCUUGCUUUAGAAUAUCCUAGUGGUGUUCAGAUUGAACUUCGAGUAUGUAAAGGUGAACUCAAAAUGAGACGCAUCUCUGGUGAUCUUCAUCAGUACAGUGAAUUGUGCCGCGAGCUUAUAUCUUGUAUGACAGUGUAGCUUUAGAAAAAUUCUAGGUAAGAACCUCUAUGAUAUUUGCCAUUAUUAAUCUAUGUAUAUAAUGAGCAAUUCAUUAUAGAGGUAAUGGCUUAGCCAUUGAGUCAUCUGUGAUUUAUCAUGAAAACGUUCCAGGAGUUGUAUCUUUUUUUUCUUGGAGUUAAUUGCAUUUAAGCCCAAGAAUUACUGUACUUUUCCUUUGUAUAAUUUUUUCUUUAAUUUUAUUAGUUGAAGAUCUGCUCAAUCUGUAGUUCCCAAACAACUUGUACCAGUAUCAUAAAAACAUGUACUAUGUGAGUUGAAUUUUAUCUUUUAAAUUUAACAUCAUUUGUACUGUACGUUUUAAUAGAAUACUUGUCCAAUGUACUUUAAUAUUGUGUUUAUUACAGCUUGACCAAUUUUGGUUUUAACAAUAGUGACGGUCAAUAUGCUAUCUACUAUGUAAUUACUUCCCUGCAAUGCGGGUGGAUUCUUUCUGAACCGUUUCAUUUAAUUGUUCUUGUAGGCUUUUAAAGUUUAAUUUUUAUCUGUCAUCUUUUUAAUUUCUAUAUUUACACACAAUUUUGAAUGCCUCUCAGUUUUUAUGAGAUAUUCCAUCUGCAAUAUAAACAGCAGCUUUGAACUUUGGCGGCUACAUUCUAUUAUAUUCCACUUUGAAAGUGAAAAACCCAACAAAAAGGGCGAAUUCUCUGUAAACUAGGUGAUGUGCUCCUUCAGAUUACAAUGCUGUUUAUGGAUCACAUGAUAUCAGAUAUCAGUCAAUUAAUGUUCCUUCCACUUGACCAAUUCAUUUAGACAACCUUAUACUGACCAAAUAUAGAUGUACCAUGUUGAUUAUAUUGGGUUUCUUUCCUUCUUACUUCAAAUCAGAAGUAAAAUGUAGUUGGCGUCAGCAGAUCUUAAUUAUUUUCCCUAAUUAUUAGCUAGUCCAAUCUAGUGCAAACGGAAUGCAAAGAACUGUCAAUGUAGAGUGAAUGAAUAAUGAGUGAACUUUAAAAGGUAUUAUCCUGUCUGUAAAAGAAUCCACUGGUUUGUUCAACCACAGUGCUACUAAUCCAAUCCAUUCAACGCCCCCUCAUCCAGAAUGACUGUUUGUAGUGCAAUCUGUAUCAUUUCCUUUAUUUAUUCCUCAAGUACACAUUUUCAUUGAACUCUGCUAAUGAAAAAAAUUGUUGUUUUUUUUUUGGUCAAAUUAAUGGCAAGAGUUAAUGUUGCUGCUUUGUUUUUUUAUUUAAUAAGUCGUUGACUCUAUCUUAUUUGUGUUUCCAAAAGUAUUUAACAUACUGUCAGAGCUUACGUUAGACCAGAAUAUCUGCUGCAUUUCGUCCACCUGUGUGUGUGCCGUGUGUCAAUAUUGUGGUAGGGUGUGUCUUCCAAAAAAAAAAUUCAAAUUGCUCUCUUCUGUGAUCCUACUUUCUUGCAAGAAAACAAUUUCUGAAAAAAAAAUUAGGAAAAGAGUGUGUACUACUGCUAAAAAGUGGUUCUUUUUAAAAUAUUACGAACUGUAGAAAGUACCUAGUGUCUGUAGUGGAUAAAAUGUUACUGUUUGUCAUGUAACAUUCGCCUGUUGGUAGAGGUUCAUUCAUUACAUGUAGCAGGAGCAAACCACUUUCUGAGUUGUUCAUCGCAUUUAAAUGUCUUGCAGUUAAAUCAAGGUAGCGGCUGAAAACUAUGUUACCUUAAUCUGGUGUUAAGAUUGCACUUGGUUCCGAUUCUUGUGUUUGUUCCAAGUAAAUACAAAUACGUUUUUUAUAGAUCUCUUUCAUGAUUAUUUCAAGGUUCUUUGCACUCUUUCCUUAUCAUUUUUAAAAUUAUGUGCCGGUAAAAUAUUGUGUUAUGCCCUUCAAAAAAACUAACCAUUUGAGCAUUGACAAGUGUGGGCCAAGCCAUUCUCCUCUUUAAAAAAACACAUUUUUCGUUAUGGAUGGAGUUUAUGCUUUUUGUGGCAUGCACUUUUAACAGCAACAUAAAUGUUCAAUAGACUUACAUUGGAUACAGAACAUCUCUUUUUUGUUCUACGUUUCAUGAUGACCAAGACAGACUAUUUUUGAUUGUUAAUAAAGGAUGUUCAUUUCCUUAAAAUGUCAUAUUACUUGUAGGUAGUUACCAUGUAUCUUUGUACCUAGGAUAUUCACCACCCAUACUGGGUACCACGUCUAAAAGUGUUGAUGUUUUUAUGUUUUUUUUUUUAUCUGUCUAUUCUUUCUUUAAGAAAAAUUUUGCUUGUGUAUGCUAAUUUGACACUGAGCAAAUUAUCAGAUUUGGAUGUGUUGUGUCAUUGCAUAUUGUUAUUCAAAAAUUGUGACUAUUUUUUUAUUAUCAUGUGUGUAGCUGUGCUACUGAAAGGUUAUGCCUUUUUAUUUUCUCUGUGAUAUGUAGUGAUAAACUGAAUAAGCACAGGUGUUUAGUAAAGCUUCUGUCAAGCCAUGCCGUCAUUAUCCUCAUCCUUUCGACAUUUUGUGUUUGGCAUGGCUUUCUGAUCUUUGUUAUAGUGUUUAUCGUCUAUGGCAUGCAAAUUUUCUGUCUUAUUUGUGACUAUUGCCUAUAUAUUUGAUAAAAACUGCCUAUUGUAGUAACAUUACAGUCUUUCAAUGUUUAUGCGUGCUGCUUUAUGUCCAUCUGGUUUUCAUUCUCACCCAGCAUUUAGCUCAAUAGAAGAGAUACUUUUUUUCUGCUUACUUUAACUGUUCCCUUCUUGUUUUUCACAUACAAGCUGUGGAAAUGCAGGGUACAAAAGAGAAUUAUACAUGUGAUAAAGUAAAAAUAUCAAAAAGUUCAAAAACAUUGUUAAGUACCUUAGCUGUUAAUAUCAAGCUAUUCCAUUUUUUGUGUUCCUCAUGAAAACUGUUUCUUCUCAACAUCUGAUACAAUAUAUGACACGUAUUUUAUUAUGUGUUGUCAUGUAACAGAAAAAGACGCAGAUUUUAAGCACCAAUGCAACCAAAGUGGUGUACUUAAGGAAGAACAUAUAUCUGUGUCUUAAGAUAUGCAGAGUGUAAAUAUUAUUAGUGAGAAAUGUUAAAAUAUAAAUAAAGACUGUUGAACUAA